AUGGAUGAUAGGCGGCGUGAGGACUUUGAGAAAGCUUUAUGCGUGCUCGAAAACCAGGUCCCAAGGGAGCAGCGGCCGCCACGGUGUGAGCCCAGAAUACAGUCGGUAAAUGGCAUUGUGCAGCCCCCGGUGAUGCCGCCACCCAAUCGUAAGGGAAGGGUCACCAAUUUCCUGUUAAAACUGAGAACCGCUGCGAAUGCGUUGUCGCGCAACCCUUCCUCUCUGCACUUUCACCAACCUGUCGAUGCUGUGAAGCUGAAGAUCAGGGACUACCACGAAAAAAUCGCAAACCCCAUGGACUUGAACACAAUCAAGAAAAGAUUUGAGUACACAUACUACUGGGGCGGUGCAGACGUCCUGGAAGACAUUCUAUUGAUUUUCGAAAACUGCAGAGUCUACAACAGUCCGGACUCGCCCGUGUUUAAAGCUGCUGUCAACCUGUGCGAGUGCUUUUGGCUGCGCAUGGCGAAAAUGCAGCAGGAAUUGCACAAUGAGUGUAGGGCUGAGGCCAAGACCAGGCGUCCGUGGAAGGCAGCCAUUUCAAAAACUUCUCCAUUGCCGAAGACCCCGCGCCAGGAAAAGGCUGUCAUUCCAAUGAAUACCAAGGUGGAAAUCAAGAAUGGAAAUCAGCCAAAGGCAGACGAUCCACUGCCUUCAUUUGAGGCCGUUCCCAAUCUACAUCCGAAUCGGCACCAUGGCAAACAGUUCACGCCCGUGACACCGGCCCGUCGUGGUCGUGGCCGACCUCCAGGGUCGCGAAGUCUGACCCGAGCUGACGCCGAUAAAAAUGCUGUUAUCUCGCACGAAUUUCCAGAGCUUCAGCGACCCCCAAACCUUCUUAACAACUACGGAACUCAAGUGAAAAUCGACCCACUCCCAGUCGAACCAGUCCUUGAUCGACUCAGCAUAACGGCUAUCCUGAUGCCUUUAAAUCUGAAGAUCGAGCGCACAUACAGCCAGACCCUGAUCAAGGCUCUACGUUGUUGUGCGAACUCUUGGCCAUUCAACAUCUCGUCGAUCUGGAUGCAUUAUGGAGAAAAUCUAGAUAAUGACUUCCAUGAUGAGCCUCUGGAUUGGGACAUACUGGAGAAGAUACUGGCGGGCGAGCAGUUUAAGGGCUGGGACUGGUUUCUGACUAAGUUACACCGAAUGCUGCAGAACGCAAUGUCCUGCUUCACCGAAUGCCCAUCGAUCCGCACAGCGACACAGAGGACCUUCGAAAAGGUCGUGGAAAUUAUACCUGAUUAUGAAGGACGCAUGGCUCACGUAAAGGCGACGGCUCACGAAGCGGUUCGUUUGAAAUUGGACGCCAUGACACCAUCUCAAAAAGAGGAACUCCUUAAAUAA